UUUGUUUUGACAAAUAGAACUUGUGUUUCGGUUUCCUAUUUUCACGUUUUAGCAGAGGAGAUCCUUCACUUCAGUGCACGAUAAACAGCAAUGAAAAGCUAGUUUUCUUUCUUUUUAUUCUCAGCUUGCUGUUUUCAAAAUUUACCGGAGGAAAAUGGGUUAUUUGCAUUAGACGAAAAUGACAGAUUUUCAAGCUUUACAACAAAAACCUGAAUCCCCACUCGAUGAUGGAGCUGAAUUCGAAAGGGGUUUGGAGGAAUUGAUGAGGGGGCAUUUUGACGAUUGUAUGUCAUUUGCAUCAUGUAGUGUUAGUAGAAGUCCUGAUGAUGAGGAUGAUGAGAGUGAUCGACUUGUUAGGAGGAGGGCAAGGUCUGAUAUUGAAGGGGAUGACUUAGCUGAGUCAUCCGCAGCAAGAAGGCGACAUUCUAGGAUUUUGAGUAGGUGGGCUGCUAGGCAGGCUCAGGAAAUGAUAACUACAAUGGAGAGGAGAAACAGGGAGUCUGAGCUGAUUGAUUUAGCUGGUUUACAUACAGUUUCAAUGCUCGACUCCUCUUUCUUGAGAGAGCCACAGUCACCUACUUCUAGGCGACAAGGGGGUAAUGUUGACAGAUCCAGUACUCAGGCUUCUGCUAUUUUGCAAAUGUGGAGGGAGUUGGAGGAUGAGCAUUUGUUGAACAGGGAGCAAAGGAGUGCUGAUGGUAAUAGGACCAUGUCUAGUAUUACUCUGUCCGAGAGUCAUGGGAGUGAGAAUCAAGGGAGUGUUGGGGAUGUGACUGAGUGUGAGAAUGACUCUGCAACUUUGUCGAAUGAUCAGGGUGUGUCACAGAAUGAUCCUGGGAAUGACAAUGGGUCUAGUAGGGAGCAGUCUCCUGAUCUUGGGGAAGUUGAGAGAGAGAGGGUGAGACAGAUUGUUCGGGGAUGGAUGGAGAGUGAGAUUAAUGAUCAUUCAUCAAGUGUUACCCAAAGGGCUGGCAGUCCCAGAGCUGAAUGGCUUGGUGAAACAGAGCGUGAGAGAGUUAGAAAUGUCCGGGAGUGGGUUCAAAUGACAAGUCAGCAGCGAGGAGUUCGUGGGGUACAGAGAGAAGAUCAGGAAGCUACAAUUGGUGCACAAGUAGACCAUGUUCCUCAUAACUAUGCUACUGACCAAGAUGAAGGUCAACCAGAGCAUAUUCGUAGGGACUUGAGGAGGUUGCGUGGAAGACAAGCUGUAAUUGACUUGCUUGUGAGGAACGAAAGAGAGCGACAAAGGGAGCUUCAGGGUUUGUUGGAGCACCGUGCUGUAUCUGAUUUUGCUCAUCGUAACCGCAUUCAGUCACUACUCAGAGGUAGAUUCUUACGAAAUGAAAGACCUGUUGAAGAGGAGAGGCCACCUUCAGUGGCAGCUAGUGAAUUAAGUCAAUUAAGGCAACGGCACACUGUAUCUGGUUUGAGGGAAGGGUUCCGCAACAGAUUAGAAACAAUUGUACGUGGUCAAGCAAGCGCCAGUUCUGAAACUAUAUCUAGCAACGUCAUCAAUGAUUCUAGAAGUGAACUUCCCCAAACAAACACUUCACAAAAUGUCCAACAUGAAAACAUUGAGGAUACACAACCUAGGAGUUUGAGAAGUCACACUGAACAGUUGCCUAAUCAAACAGGAAGUAUGGUUAACAACGUGCUAGUUGUUGAAAGCAUAAGUUGGCAAGAAAAUGCUAACCAAGGUGGGAAUUGGCGGGAACCAACAACCAAUGAUGAGGGAGGAAACUGGCCACAGUCAAUGGAGGGAAAUGCAGAAGAAAUGGAUACAAAUGGGCAAGAAAGUUCAGUUAGUGAGUAUCGCCAAGAAAUUCCUGAAAAUGUAAAUGGAGGAAGUGAUUCUCAGGAAUCCCAUAGAGUUUGGCGCGAGGAUGACUCACAGGAAGCUGUUGAAAAUUGGUCAGAAGAGCCUUCUGAUCCUCCAAGAGCACGUCGUGCACCCCCAGUUAGAAGGUUCAAUAGAUUUCAUCCGCCUGAAGAUGACAAUGUGUACAGUAUGGAACUUAGAGAACUCCUGAGCAGGAGGAGUGUCUCUAAUCUUCUUCGAAGUGGUUUCCGGGAAAGUUUAGACCAAUUAAUACAGUCUUAUGUGGAAAGACAAAGUCAUUCUCCCAUUGAUUGGGAUCUGCGCAGAAACUUGCCAACACCAGCCUCACCACAGCAUCAUCAAGAGCAGCAGAGAGAUGAAACAAAUGAUCAUCAGAAUGAUGCUACCAACAGGCCUUCACUCAUGUUACCUUCUCCUCCAGUGCCUCCACCACAGCCGUUGUGGCAUCAGGAUUUGCAUCACACUAGCUGGUCAAGGCACAGCAUGCAUAGAUCAGACCUUGAAUGGGAGAUGGUUAAUGAUCUAAGAGUUGAUAUGGGCAGACUCCAGCAGGGUAUGAGCCACAUGCAGAAGAUGUUGGAAGCCUGCAUGGAUAUGCAGUUGGAAUUGCAGCGAUCCGUCAGGCAAGAAGUCUCUGCGGCUUUGAAUCGUUCAGCUGGUGAAAAAGGUUUGAGUGCAGAAACACCAGACGAUGGUUCGAAUUGGGGUCAUGUGAGGAAAGGGACUUGUUGUGUUUGUUGUGAUAGCCAUAUUGAUUCACUUUUGUACAGAUGCGGACACAUGUGCACUUGUUCAAAAUGCGCAAAUGAGUUGGUUCGUGGCGGAGGAAAGUGCCCUUUGUGUCGAGCACCUAUUGUCGAGGUAAUCCGUGCAUAUUCAAUUCUGUAAAGAGAUGAAGAACAAAAUUGGAAUUGAACAGUCUGUUAAAGGUCCAAAAGAGCCAAUGGCCAGAUAAAAAGGCCCCGAUUUGUAGAAUGUUGAGUUGAAGCUAGUGUUUUUCUGAUUAUUUGGAAUCGGAGCAGCAGUUGGCAUCAUUGAUUCAUCAUUCAUGCAUAAAUAAAAUAUCGUCUGUAAAUUCUUUUCUUCCCAUUUUAUGUUACUGAAUAUC